AUGCAAGGUAUCACAGGAAAAGGUGACCUUACUGUGGGUGCAACUACAAGUGGAAAAGUGAAUUUUUACCCCUGGACAAUAGAUAAUAAAUAUUAUUCUGCAGAUAUUCACCUCUGCGUAGUACCAAACACCUUUCUUGUUACUGGAGAUAUUGCUGAAUCUGUGCAAGCAUUUGUUGUGUACUUCGACAGCACAAUAAAAUCUGGACUUGAUAGUGUCUCUGAAUGGCUUCCCCUGACAGAAGAGUGGUUACCAGAAGUCAUGAUCCUGGUUUGUAACAGAGUAUCUGAAAAUGGUAUUAACAGACAGAAAGCUCAAGAAUGGUGCAUCAAGCACGGCUUUGAACUGGUAGAACUUAACCCUGAGGAACUGCCUGAUGAAGAUGAUGACUUUCCAGAGUCCACUGGAGUGAAACGAAUUGUACAAGCUUUGAAUGCCAAUGUGUGGUCCAACGUAGUCAUGAAGAGUGACAGGACCCAGGGCUUUGGUCUUCUCAGUACAUUAGCAGGUGCGAACUGUAGCGUUGGGUCAGAAGAGAACCAAGAUACGGAAUCCAAUACCUCAUCAGCAGACAGAGAAGAAUCCCAUUUAGACAACAGAGAAGAUGGACCUAGCACAAACAACCUACAGAUUGACAACAUUGUAGAUCCCAUGUUAGAUAUGGACAUUCAAGAGUUAGCCAGCCUAACCACAAGAGAUGGUGACCUGGAGAACUUUGAAAGGCUGUUUUCAAAGCUGAAAGAAAUGAAAGAUAAAGCUGCAACGUUGCCUCAUGAACAAAGAAAACUACACGCGGAAAAGGUGGCCAAAGCGUUCUGGAUGGCAAUUGGAGGAGACAGAGAUGAAAUUGAAGGUCUCUCCUCGGAUGAAGAAAACUAAGUUCUUCUGUAGCUGUAAGCAACAGAGCAAUCCUAAAAGAGUGAACUUUUCCUGCAGUGAGUGUUUAUUGCAAAAAGCCCCAUUUAGCUUUAGUUGCUUUCUUUGGUUAAAGGAUUCUCUGUAUCAUUGUAGUAAGUAACACAUUCCGCAACACCUAAUGGUUAGAGUGGUUUUGUCUGACUGUUCAUUUAUUCUCUCUCAGAGAAUUUUGGAAGGCGAUGCAUGCACUUAGAGGAAAUCAUUAGUUUACAUUUUUCAAAUUAACAUUUUUAUUGUUUCCUCUUUUGAGUUUAAAUAAACAAAUUUACUACCAGUUAUCUUUCUACAUAUGGCUGGUGGUUGUUAAGUGACUACUUAAUUCUAAACUCAACAUUUUAGAUGUAGGCCUGUUUGAUGUUUUUAUGUAGCUUGAUAGCUGACUUGCUAGUUAAAACAAACCAGAUUUAUAUGAGCCAUGAAGAGAAAGCUGCCGAAUUGUACCCUAUUGUGGGAUGCUAUGCCAAGGCUGCAAGGUUAAUCCUGCUGAGUGCCAAAGCUAUUAAAAAUAGCCCACAGGCUUUGAAUUCUG